AUGGCCCCUCAUGGAGACAUGACGCCGUGGACUGGCGAUUCGAGGGCGGUAGCAGGCGGGUCUAGUGAUGAUAAAGAUGGUAUAACAUCUGAGGACUACAUCAGGUCUGUAGGCGACUCAAGGAAGGUGACCAUUAAGGAUGGCGAAGGCCUCAGGAUGGAGCUCUCUGAGUUAGAAGAAUACCGCGAGUGUAUCCUUGCGGCUCCAGUACUAGCGGACGGCACCAUAACUACUGCUUGGGUUGACCCAUCCAAGAUUGCUGAAAAGUCCUUAUUUUGCGUUGAGGUUGUUGGGGCCGCAUGUUCUAUCAUAGACUUAGGGGAGCAAUUUGCAUGGAUUGGCGCUUCACUCCGGUCUUCACCCCAUCCACAAGGGGUUUCCUAUAGCCGGCCGAUAGUUCAGAGCUUCAAAGUGUUCCACGAUAAUUCUCAAUCCAACGGUCAAUGUUGGCACAACCAGUUCCGGAACCCUGUGAUGGGGGAGGGGUAUCCGAUUGCUCGAAGGUCUCAUCCUGAAGCUGCAAAUGACCUGGAUAUUCCGUUUUAUACGAUGGCAAUACUAGCACGCUCCCGAUACGUGAAUAAGUUCGCUGGCAAGACUGUUAUAAAAGGGUUCUCAACAAUGCUUGUUCCCACACGCCAGUAUGGGAAUGUGAUCUUAUGGCAUCUGGUACAUGAUCAACACGGAGAUCGGGUAUCAUACCUUGAAAGCCUCGUCAUGCACACGGAGGAAAUCAGAAUCCAACAACGGCGAGGGGCGCGUCAUGUGCUUGGGUGGUGUUUGGAAGCAAUGUUUCUUGCGGGAACAAUGGAUGCCAAAUAUGACAUAAGGCGCUCGCGACUCCCGAGGACCGGAGCGGACUGCCUUCUUCAGAAAACCUCCGUAUCGGGCGGCCAGAUGAUCACAGGCGGCUUACCAUUCAGUAUUGGAUAUAAGGACUCGCCAUAUCAUGUUUCGCGAAGUGGCUACAUACGAAAGCUGAAGUGGAUUUCCAGGAAAUUCAUAGUACUUUGGGACGAGGAAUCCAAACAGGGCUGGUUGGUGAACGGCACUAGUGCUCCUCUGCAUCUGGUCCGCGCCUCGUUAGCGCAUAACAGCAACGACAAGUUUGCCUCCGAGUUUCUCUUCCGAAAUGAGGAUAUGCAGGAAGCCACACAGCAUUCAUAUAAAUACGACUCAGCCAUUUCAGUGCUUUUGAGCCGCGUAAACCGGGAGCUCAAAAUCUACCUAGAGAAGCAUGGCUAUGUUCUAUUUGAAGAUCGAGUGGAGCACCAGUUUAACAUCUUGGAGCAGAUAAUUGAUCAUCAAGUUAGUGUAGCCGGACAUAAUGAUACUCACUAUCGGAGCAACAAUAUCCCACGAGCACACCUCGAAGGCUGGGACUUCCAUGAUCUUGCCAAGGAUGCCUGGAUAGAGUUCACAAGAUCUAUUCAUGCGGUCACCGUGCUGGGACGGGGUUUUGGAGAAAUAAUGAAGCCAGCCAACACAACUUGUUCUCACGUCGCAGAUUUGAUGGAUAUCAUGGAGUCUAUUGGUGAUGCCACUGCAAGCCCACCAAAGCUCACGAAGAGCCUAGACUGGCAAAAUCCGGAGACUGCCUUCGCCCACUGUGGAUGCACUGGAGACAGUAAUAACGAACAUAUUGACGUUGUCCAGGUAAUUCUUCCUCCAGGGACUAGCGAUGCCUCCCCUAUGGAGCCACAUCGGAAUAAACCCUUGCACUGGAAAUAUACUGUUGACCCUGUGAGGGGCAAACCUCAAAGCCUUGACAGGGUUUGUCUCUCACCUUCAAUGGAGAGUGACGGCGUUCAGUUCCUUGAAUUUUCUGUUACUCCAUCGAGUCAGACAUCUGUCUCCAUACCCACUGCGUCGGUCACGGAUAGAUUGUCUGCAAAAUCUAGGUUCAGGGCCGUAACAACAAAUAAGUACACUGUGGGUAUUGUAUGCGCACUGACACUAGAGCUACUUGCAGUGCGUGCUUUAUUUGACGUGACGCAUACCAACAGUGACGGGAUAAUUUCGCAUGAAGAUUCAAAUCACUAUGCCUUGGGCGAAAUAGGAAAACAUAGAGUUGUGGCAGCCUGCCUGCCUGAAGGCGAAUACGGGACCAAUUCUGCAGCAUAUGUCGCAGCCAACUUGAGAAGAACGUUCCCAGGCGUCAAAUUUGCCCUUCUCGUUGGGAUCGGAGGUGGUGUCCCUUCUCCCGCCAAUGACAUCCGACUGGUUGAUGUGAUUGUGAGCAGACCUGCCGGAUCCACCACCGGACUCAUAAUGACGGCCGGGAGCAAUCUGAGGUCGGAUCCACAUCUUUCUGCUUGCCCACUCCAGGAACGCCUCGACGACAUCAUCGCAUGCAGAAGGGAAUAUAAAUACCCCGGGAAGGAGCAGGGCCAGCUUUUCAACAGCGAUUACGUGCAUGACUCGAGACACGCUACAUGCGAUUCUUGGGACGUUUCUCAGGCGUCCAUGCGAGCCGGCCGACCUAAUAGUCAUCCGCAUAUUCACUAUGACACGAUUGCGUCAGGAAAUCGAGUUGUCAGAAAUGCGAAGCUCCGCGACCGUUGGAGUCAAGAAAGCAACGUUCUGUGCUUCGAGAUGGAAGCCGCGGGCAUCAUGAACACCCUCCCAUGCUUGGUUAUCAGGGGGAUUUGCGAUUACUCGGAUAGUCAUAAAAGUAAAGGGUUCCAGGAAUAUGCAGCCGCGACGGCUGCAUCUUAUGCUAAGCUUUUGCUAUCUUACGUGGAGGAUUUGAAUGACUUGGGGAACGUCGGGUCGGCGUCAGAUAGUAAGAAGCAAUUGCUGCCCUUGCGCUUGUUAAAGAAGGGUCACUCAUUUUUCGGUCGGUAG